AGAUGGUGUAAGAUGAUGCUCCGUUGCACGUGACAGGCACUUAGGUUUAGAGGAUAUUGUUGAAUGAGGAGGUCAAGGGCCACAGUGGCCAGGAUUGAGCAGGCCCUGGAGGCAGUCAUUGGAGAGUCUGUGGACAGCACAGUGGGGGAUGAGAACAUCCCUGGAGCUGCUGCUUCCUUCCAGUGAGGGGGUGACGGAGGGAGGGUAGUCCCCAACAUGUGAGCCCCAGGGAGAAGGGCCUGUUUCACUGAGGUUUGGAGAGUGCUGAGGACAAGCUGACACUGCCCCCACCCUGGCCCUGAGAAUGGAGACUGAUGGGGAGAGGCCCUUUCUCUGCAGGAGAUGGCGUCUACCAGAAAGGGAUGGACUUCAUUUUGGAGAAGCUCAACCAUGGGGACUGGGUGCACAUCUUCCCAGAAGGGAAAGUGAACAUGAGUUCCGAGUUCCUGCGCUUCAAGUGGGGAAUUGGGCGCCUGAUUGCCGAGUGUCACCUCAACCCCAUCAUUGUGCCGCUGUGGCACAUCGGAAUGAAUGAUGUCCUUCCUAACAGCCCGCCCUACUUCCCCCGCUUUGGACAGAAAAUCACCGUGCUGAUCGGGAAGCCCUUCAGUGCCCUGCCUGUGCUCGAGCGGCUCCGGGCUGAAAACAAGUCAGCCGUGGAGAUGCGCAAAGCCCUGACCGACUUCAUUCAGGAUGAAUUCCAGCGCCUGAAGACCCAGGCGGAGCAGCUCCACAGCCACCUCCAGCCCGGGAGAUAGGCUCUGCCUUGCUGGCUCCAGGAAGCACUGGGUCCUCCAAGGCCUGCGGAAAGGGCAGCGCUGGGACCCCAACCCCAGCCCGGUGGGCUCUCGGUGCUGUCUUUUGGACUCCUGCCCCGCAUCCUGGGGAGGGGGAAUGGACUGAUGCUUUCAGCUCAGCUGUGGUUUCAAGACAGAUGUGUUCCUAACUGUCUCGUACCCGGUGAGCAUCCCAGCGCCUCUGUGCUCUUCAGUUAGAGGAAGUGCCUCAGCAGCUCCUCCCACUUGGCCAAGAAGGGAGGAAGGAGCUUAGGCAGAGGCCUCCUUCCUCUUGCCUUCAGAUGUUCUCUCCCUGGAGCUAGUGUCGGGAGGGAGCAGAGCAGGCAGGUGAACAAAUAAUUGGGUGGGGGAGCAGGUGGCCCAGUGGAGCUGCAGAGACAGGCCCCUAACACCUCUUAGCCUGGGCAUCCCCCACCUGCCCUUGCCCAUCUGGGAGCUGCUCACUACCUCCUCAGGGAUGGCGGUUGGCAACGUCUUCUUUCUGCCCAAGUUUCCCCUGCCUCCGCAGGGCCUAGCCCCGGACAGGGUCUGGCAGGAAGAGCAGCCCCUUGCCAGAAGUCAAGGACAGUUGAAGGGAGCCUGCAGUGAGGGCCUGAGAUCUGGCCACUCGCCCCAUGCUGGGCCCACCAACUUUUCCAUCCUUUCUACCUCUUGGCAUCCCUCUCAUCCUGGGGACUGGGUUUUCAUGAUUUUUAAACAAUAAAGCAUCCAUGUUGUGUGUUGUA